AUGGCAGGCAAAGGCGAGGAGAGGAUGGACAGACUGAACGCGAAGUUGUACCUGCAGAACUGCUUCAUCAUGAAGGAGAACGAGCGGCUGCGCAAGAAGGCGCUGCUGCUGAACCAGGAGAACCAGGCCCUGCUCACCGAGCUCAAGCAGCGCAUCGCCAAAAAGGCGGCAGCGGCCAACAACAACAACAACGGCAACGCCAAGGCCAACGGGAAUGGUGGCGGCGGCAUGUGGCGGCGGCAAGCUGGCAACGCCGCCACGCCAAUCCAGGAGGGGCGCACUCAUGCCACGCCGCUCCAGGUCGCAAACCAAAGAAGGGGUCGCAAACUGAUGUUCUAG